AUGCUAAAGAGGAUCGAAUCGCCACUAGGACACUUGCGCAGUCCCGCAUCUCCAUGGAAGGCACAGGUUGCCAGCUCCCCAGGGGACGGUCCCGAGUUUCCAACCGAACAGAGUCAGACUCUCCAUGUGGAAUCUUCGUCCCUUACCAGACAGGCCUCUCUGUACGAUCCCUCGCCGCCAUACGAAGCGUUACAGCAGCAGUCAAUCGCAGACGCAGGUUAUAAUCCACCCUCGGCACCGCAGCGUGUCUAUCAUAAUGACCAUGGACAACUGGAUCAGCUAUUGCAAGGAGAGGGCCCCCUUACAUUCCCCCGCCCGAUCUCAACCCAACCCAAAGAAUACGCAGCAUCCUCAACAUACGACACGGGGUCCAGCAGCGGUAACCGGUCGUACAGGGAUCCAAGUACUCCAAGCGUGGUAAAAGAGCGCGGCUUCCAACUCUGCUCCAUCCUGAAAUUCCUAGGAGAUUCUGCAAACGUCCUGGACCCGCCACCGCCCUGUUUCGAUAGGCCGGUACCGCCCAGUAUCCCUGACCAAGAUUUCCCGAAUAUGACCGUCCAAAGCGCAAGUUACGAUGUCGAAGAUGGCUUUCCUCGCCUACUUCCCGCAUGCGUUUUGCAACCGCAUCCGUUCUUCACGCAUGACAUCCCCGAGGAAGCCUGGUUCAGAUUCCUCGCCGAUCUUAAGUCAGCCGGACGGCUCACUGUCAAAGAUACUUUGAGUCUUGGCUUGCCCCUGCUAGCGCAUCCCAAGAUGAAGGCAGUGCCAGCGAAGCAGCUAGACGCAAAACAUCAAGCAAUCGGACAUUAUGUCGAGUCAUGGAACACCUACUUCUUCCGUCCACGCAAGAUGGAAGUCGCACUCUUGCAAGGGGACCAAAUUAUCAACGGCACCAAAGGAGAUAGUUCGAGUAUACACACCGAAGCGCGGGAUCUGAAGAGCGCUCAGAUCCCCCACUGGGCGGUGAAGAAAAAAUGGACCAAGACAUGCCUCGCCUGA